AUGUUUAGGCUAGACUCAAAAUUGGUUGGAUAUUCGUUAUUCUCAAAUCUGACUGGCUUUCUGGCAAGUCCGAAUUACUGGAUCUCUUCUCUUUACAUGCCAAAAUCGGAGGGACAUUGGGCUGGGGAGCUGUUCACUGAUUGGUUGAAUCAUCACGGCGGAAGAGGAGGCAAGACACCAAACGUGCCAAUCGCUGUCUGGCUGGGCGCUUAUAACCGGCUGUCUUUUGAUUGGCUGACGGCGAGUAGACCAAUCGGAUCUACGCCAUACGGGAUUGGUGAAUCUGCAGUGGAGAGUUGGUUCAUAGACCCUGUUUGUAUCACGGCCCGUCAACAAUGGAGGCAAGCGAAUCACUGUCUUGACUCUUCCAUAGCCUCAAUCCUACGCUUAGUGACCCCUUAUAUGCGUUCAGCUGUGCUUCAAGGAAUCGACCCGUGUUUCCACAGGUACCAAAUUCCCUGGACCUCCAAAAUACGGAAUUCCGAGCUGACAAGCAAUAUGACCGUUAUGACAGUCGGCUAUGAAAUGGACUUCCAUGACGAGUCAAUGAAACUUCGUAAAAGUGAUUCGAACCUGGCACCUUUCCAGCCCCGUAGAGGUUUCGUUUUAGCUAAAGCUGUCGAGGGAAAAAAGACCGAACCCUGGAGGGUGUCAUACUUGAAUUUUCAACAGCAUGACAAUGAUGCCGUGAAAACAAUCAACAACGAAUUUACCGACAUGUGUCGUCAGGAUCUGCCCACGGAAGCAAUUCGCUCUCGGACCAACCGGCCACCAACUUGUGAGCCCUAUUUCGACUAUCGCGAAUUACAGCUUUAUUUCGCAAUCUCGCUUUUGUCCGUCACUGUAGAUUCCCUUUUGAGCGGUUAUCUAAAUUGCCUUCGUGUCCGAAAUCUAUCGGACAUUCUGCAUGAUUCAGACCUUAAUAUGGAAUACCAACAAUUUUCAUACCAUUUCACCUAA